AUGACAGACCAUCCCUCCUGCUCAAACCAACAUGCUGUUAUUCAAUUUAGGAAGAUUCCGCUGGCCUUCACAGCGGGACUGGACGGCCCUAAGUUUGUGAUUAGGCCCUAUGUAAUUGAUUUGAAUAGCACAAACGGGACCAUAUUAAAUGGCGUCCCAAUAGAAGGCUCUAGAUUUGUCGAGCUUAAACACAAGGACAUUAUUCAAUUUGGGCUCAGCUCUCGGGAGUAUAUUUUAUUAAAAUCAGAAAAUUAA